UACUACACUGAAAAUUCGACCGCCAUUCUUCCUAUUUCCUCUUCGACUAUUUGCAAAUUCCAAUUUUUAAAAACCCUAAUAGCACAGAUCAAUUCAGACAUCAAUUUUUCUGGCUGCAGACUCCAAAUUCAGCUGUUAAUUUUCGUUCUCUAGGUUUGAAAAGAUGGAAGAUGAUCACGAGGGAAUGGAGAGAUUUGGAAUGGAGAAUGAUUUCGAAGGCGGACAGUGGGUCGAUGGAGAAUUUUAUUACAAGAAUCGCAGACAGAAGCGCAAACAAACUAAAGACGACGUUCUUUACGGCGUUUUCGCGGACUACUCUGAUUCCGACUCUGACGGCGGUGGUGGUUCGUCGAGAAAGCGGAGAAAGGAUCGUGAAUUCGGUAGGAAACCUGACCUUACGAAGCCUGUUAAUUUUGUCUCUACUGGUAUAGUAAUGCCUAAUGAAGAAAUUGAUGAAAAUGAUAAGAGUAGAAGUAAUUUAAGAGAAGAUGAUACUGCUGUUGCUGAUAUGGCUGUGGAUGAUGAUAAUGAUAGACCUACUUUAGGGUUAGGAGCAAGGUCAGGGUUGGGGUCGGGCCUUGGGUUUAGUGCAGGGUUGGGGUUUAAUGGUGGUGAUAAUGGGGUUAGAAAAAGUAAGGAUUUAGGUGGUGUUGAGGAUGAGGCCGCGGAUGAUAAGUUUUUGCCGACGGAGUUUGGGAGGAGGAUAAAAGAGGGGGCGCAAAGAAGGGAGCGCGAGCGAUUGGAGAAGAAAGAGAAAGGAGGAGGAUUAGUUGGAGGGGAAAAAAAGAGGGAUGUGAGAAGUGGGGAUGUUGGGGAGUUUGAGAAGCAUACAAAAGGAAUUGGGAUGAAAUUGUUGGAGAAAAUGGGAUAUAAAGGAGGUGGACUAGGUAGGAAUGAGCAAGGAAUUCAAGCGCCUAUCGAAGCAAAGUUGAGGCCGAAGAAUAUGGGUAUGGGUUUUAAUGAUUAUAAAGAAACUUCUGCUAAGGCACCCCAGUUGGAGGAGGAGAAAAAGAAAAUUGUGGGUGUGAGUGCUGGUGAAAGUCAAGGGAGAGUGAAGGAGAAAUCGUGGAUGAAAGGUAGGAAGAAGAAGAAAGAGAAAUAUAUAACAGCUGAGGAGUUGCUUGCAAAGAAGGAAGAUGAGGGUUUUCAUGUUGUACAGAAAGUGCUUGAUAUGCGGGGGCCACAAGUGAGGGUUUUGACGAAUUUAGAGAAUUUGAAUGCAGAAGAGGAGGCAAGAGAACGUGAUAUUCCAAUGCCAGAACUUCAGCAUAAUCUGAAGCUGAUUGUGGAAAUGGCAGAAGUUGAUAUUCAGAAGAUUGAUAGAGAUUUGAGAAACGAGAGGGAGACAGCAAUUAGUUUGAAGGAUGAGAAGGAUAAGUUUGAAUUGGAGGCUGCUCGCCAGAAGAAACAAUUGGAUAACAUGGAAGAAAUCAUGGCUAAGCUGAGUGAUAUUGAGGAUCAGAAUUCUUCAGGAACCCUAACACUGGAUUUCUUAGCAAAUUGUUUCAUAGUCUUGAGGAGGAACUUCCCAGAAGAUUACAAGCUUUGCAACCUUUCUUGCAUUGCUUGCUCAUUUGCUUUGCCUUUAUUUAUUAGGGUAUUUCAGGGAUGGGAUCCUCUUAGAAACUCAUUACAUGGGUUGAAACUGAUAGAGUUGUGGAAGAAUGUGUUGGAAGGUGAGGAAAGUAAUGAUAUAUGGGAUGUAGGCACUCCUUACACUCAGUUAAUAUCAGAAGUAGUUCUACCUGCUGUAAGAAUAUCCGGUAUCAAUACUUGGGAGCCUAGAGAUCCUGAACCUAUGCUCAGAUUCUUGGAAUCAUGGGAAAAGCUGUUGCCCACAUCAGUUAUGCAUAGCAUAUUCGAUAAUGUGGUCAUGCCAAAGUUGUCCAGUGCUGUGGACUCAUGGAACCCACAAUUGGAGACUGUCCCGAUCCAUGUUUGGGUGCAUCCGUGGCUGCCACAGCUGGGACAGAAAUUAGAAUAUUUGUAUGAGAAGAUACGAAUGAAGCUGUACAUGGUUCUUGAUCAUUGGAAUCCAAAUGAUACAUCAGCUUACACUAUCUUGUCACCUUGGAAAACUGUUUUUGAUUCAGUCAGUUGGGAACAUCUUAUGCGUAGAUUUAUUAUGCCUAAAUUGGAGAUUGCACUGCAAGGGUUUGAAGUAAACCCGGCUGAUCAGAAGCUUGAUCAAUUCUAUUGGGCCAUGUCAUGGGCUUCUGCAAUUCCAAUUCAUUUAAUGGUUGAAAUGAUGGAGAAAUUUUUCUUCGAGAAGUGGUUGCAAGUAUUGUUUCACUGGUUGCACUCCAAUCCAAACUUGCAGGAAGUUCAUCAAUGGUAUGUUGGUUGGAAAGCACUCUUCCCGCCAGAGCUUCAGGCACAUGAACAUAUUCGGUAUCAGUUUGCUCUCGGCCUUCAAAUGAUUGAUAAGGCUAUUGAAGGAUUGGAAGUGGUCCAACCUGGCUUAAGGGACAACCUUAGUUAUCUUAGGGCACAAGAAAGAAGGCAGUUCGAGGCUCAACAUAGAGCUGCUGCACAGGGGCAGCAGCAAGCUGCAAUGGGUAUGGGAAGCACAUUCCAGGCCGAUGGUAUGAGUAGUAGUCUUCAAAUGACACUGAAGGAAAUUAUUGAGACCCAUGCGCAACAACAUGGAUUGCUAUUUAGACCUAAAAAUGACAGGAGAUACAACGGUCACCAGAUUUAUGGCUAUGGUAACAUAAGCAUAUAUGUAGACACUGUACAUGAAAAGUUGUAUGCACAGGAGAAUGAGAAAUGGUCUCUUACAAGUCUUGAUAAGUUGCUUGAGAUGCAUACAAACUCUCUUGCGAAAAGACGGUGAAGAAAUUGUAUUGAGAAACAAUUUGUACGUAACUUGUGCCGCAUCUAUUUGAGCCAAGGGUUUUGGAUUGAGUUUUAGAAUACUAUAAAGGCGUAACUGCAGUUCUGGGCUGAACUGGAGAAAUAAUCUUUGUUCUCAGCUUGAUAAGGCAGCAUGCAACAACUUUUACAAGGUCAGCUUCUUCUUUGGGGCGGGCUACUUUGCCUGGGGGCAGGGCUGUAUUGUUGUAAGAAAGGAUCAUUGAAUCAAUUUUUGUAGACAUUAAUCUAGUUAUAAUGCAUUACUGUGACUUGUGUACAGUUAUAAUUCCCAGUUAGCUGCUCUUGUAAAUAUGUUUAGCUGAUUACCCCGACUUUAUACAUUUCCUUUUUCCCUAUUUUUGAUUAA